ACAGAAGAAACUACACCAGCUGAUACAGCAACAGAAGAAACUACACCAGCUGAUACAACAACUGAAGAAACUACAUCAACUGUUACAACUAUUGAAGAAACUACACCAGCUGAUACAGAAACAGAUGAAACUACAGCAGCUGAUACAACAGAACAAACUACACCAGCUCAUACAGCAACAGAAGAAACUACACCAGCUGAUACAACAAGAGAAAAAACUACACCAGCUGAUACAGCAACAGAAGAAACUACACCGGCUGAUACAACAACAGAAGCAAGUACACCAUAUUACACAACAACGGAAGUGACUACACCAGCUGAUACGACAAUAGAACAAAGUACACCAACUCAUACAGCAACAGAUGAAACUACUCCAGCUGAAACAACAACUGAAGAUACUACUUCAGCAGAUACAACAGAAGAAACUACACCAGCUGAUACAACAACAGAAAAAACUUCACAAGCUGAUACGACAACAAAGGAGGAAACUACACCAGCUGACACGGCAACAGAUAAAACUACACCAGCUGAUACAACAACAGAAGAAACUACAUCAGCUGAUACAGCAACAGAUGAAACUACUGUAGCUGAUACAACAACCGAAGAAUCUACUUCAAUUGACACAACAACGGAAGAAACUACACCACGGCAUCAGAAUGAAAGUGUUUACGGGCGUGACAGAAAUAUUUCGCAAAUCCGUGAGAAAAAAGCGGCUGAAAAGCAAUAA